AUGGUAGACAUCAGGAACAUUAAGCUCGUCGCCGUCUACCACACAACCACUUUGCGGGGUUUCACCAAAAUGGACAGGGAUGUUGAGUGUCGCCUCCUCCUCCUCCUCGUGGCCGCGUCCCUCGUCCCGGCCCCGGCGAGCUCCACCGCGGACGCUCCCGCCUCGGCGUCCGCCUAUGCCGCCGCGCGGGACGCGGCCGCGCGGUGCGCGGCGACGAUCGUGUCCAUCUCGCCGUGCCUGCCGCACGUGGCGGCCGUGGCGCCGCCGCUGGCCGCGUCCCCGCCCGCGCCCACCGACGCCUGCUGCGUCGCCUUCCUCCGCGCCGUGAACCCGUCGGGAGGGGGCGGAGGGGACGGUUGCCUCUGCCACCUGCUCCGCAACCCGUUCCUCCUCGGCUUCCCCGUCGACGCCGCCCGCCUCGGCGCGCUCCUCCCCGCCUGCGCCGCGGGCAACUCCUUCGCCGCCGCCACCGUCGAGGCCGCCACCCUCUUCGCCGACGCUUGCCGAGAGCUCAAGGCGCUGCCAGAAUUGCAUGUCACGCCCCAGUCAACAGAAUGGCUAGAAAUUUCCCCAGCACCUGCUGCUGCCCCUCAGUCAGUGUCCAAGCCGAUGGAGACUGUUCCACCAGCCAGGUCGUUGGUUCGGUCAGGCGCUGAGGACUCUCGUUCCCACGGCAUUCCAAUUGCUGCAUUGAUCCUCACAGCAGCAGCAGCAGGAGCUGUGGUCACGUAGUACGUGUGAUAUUUGCACGACACGUGAGACGCUGACCUUGAUCUUGAACUGCGUUAUUUCCGUACCCUUUCUUUGUCGAUUCAGACUAAAUUGUACAUCACAUGGAGAGUGUAGGGCGGCUGUCAUUGAAAUACCUUUCCCCACCGGGCAUGUUUUACACAGUGCUACUCCCAUCAUAUACACAUGCACCACUACUGAACUUCUAAAGUGGUACCAAACUACUAUUAGAGUGCAGUUUCUGCUAUGCUGGGUUUCUUUCGGAACUGAAUCAACUGAAUAUGAGCUCUCGGCCACUAUAUGGUUGUUUCUGCUCUGAACCACACGGUACGGAGCAUUUUAGCA